AUGCCUUUAAGGUUGGAUGUGAAAAGAAAAUUAUUGGCUCGAUCCGAUCGUGUGAAAUGUGUUGAUUUGCAUCCAACUGAAACAUGGGUACUUGUUGCACUUUACAAUGGUAACGUGCAUAUUUGGAAUUUUGAGAAUCAGCAGCUUGUUAAAUCAUUUGAGGUCUGUGAUCUACCUGUUCGUUCGGCCAAAUUUGUUGCUCGUAAAAAUUGGAUAAUCACUGGUUCAGAUGAUAUGCAUGUUCGUAUCUUUAAUUACAAUACAUUAGAACGUGUUCAUCAAUUUGAAGCACAUUCUGAUUAUUUGCGUUCAAUUAUUGUACAUCCAACUCAGUCAUUUAUUCUUACUUCUAGCGAUGAUAUGCUCGUCAAACUGUGGGAUUGGGAAAAUAAAUGGAGCGUGAAACAAACUUUCGAAGGUCAUACUCAUUACGUUAUGCAACUCGUAAUCAAUCCAAAAGACAACAAUACUUUCGCGACUGCAUCGUUGGAUCGUACUAUUAAAGUUUGGCAAUUUGGAAGUACAGUGGCGAAUUUCACUUUAGAAGGUCAUGAGAAAGGAGUUAACUGUGUAGAUUAUUAUCAUGGUGGUGAUAAGCCAUAUCUGAUUUCGGGCGCUGAUGAUCGACUUGUAAAGAUUUGGGAUUAUCAAAACAAAACUUGUGUUGCUACACUCGAUGGGCACGCCCAGAAUGUUUCAACAGUAUGUUUCCAUCCUGAGUUGCCCAUCAUAAUCACUGGAUCUGAAGAUUCAACUGUUCGAUUGUGGCAUUCGAGUACUUAUAGACUGGAGACGACUCUUAAUUAUGGGCUUGAGCGAGUCUGGUGUAUUGAUGCAUUGCGCGGUUCAAAUACAGUCGCUAUUGGUUAUGAUGAAGGAUCAGUAAUUAUAAAACUUGGCCGCGAAGAACCCGCAGUAAGUAUGGACUCCAGUGGAAAAAUCCUUUGGGCCAAACAUUCGGAGAUGCAACAAGUCAAUUUAAAAACUAUCGAUCCCACUAUUAUUGAUCAACUGCAAGUCUCUGUAAAAGAUAUGGGUUCUUGUGAAAUUUAUCCUCAAACACUGAUGCAUAAUUCCAAUGGCCGAUUUGUCGUCGCAUGUGGUGAUGGAGAAUAUAUUGUUUACACAGCUAUGGCACUUCGCAACAAGGCUUUUGGUUCUGGCUUAGAGUUCGUUUGGAGCACUGACCCAUCAGAAUAUGCUGUCCGUGAAUCCUCUACAACAAUAAAGCUCUUUAAAAACUUUAAGGAAACUAGAACAUUGCGGCCAGAUGUCUCAGUUGAAGGAAUUGAUGGUGGGCCAUUAGUUGCAGUCCGGUCUUUAAACUCCUUAUGUUUUUAUGAUUGGGAAACAGCUUCUCUUAUUAGACGUAUAGAGAUUGCAGCAAAACGUGUAUAUUGGUCUGAUAAUGCGGAAAUGGUUGCUAUUGCUGGCGAAGGCUCAUUCUUCAUAUUAAAGUAUAAUAAGGAUGCAGUUGAAAAUGCCUUACAUAAUGAAUCCACAUUGGAUGGCAUUGAAGAUGCAUUUGAUGUUAUCGGUGAACAACAAGAAAGUAUUAAAACCGCAUUAUGGAUAGGUGAUUGCUUCAUUUUCACAACUAAUCUUAAUCGCUUAAACUAUUAUGUUGGUGGAGAAAUCGUUACCAUCGCUCACCUUGAUCGUCCACUCUAUUUGUUGGGUUAUACGCCUAAAGAAAGUCGUUUGUAUCUUUGCGACAAAGAUCACUCUAUCGUUUCAUACCGUCUUAUUCUUUCUGUUCUUGAAUAUCAAACUGCUGUUAUGCGUCGUGAUUUCGACACAGCUGAUAAAGUACUUCCAGUGAUUCCACGUGAUCAGCGUACUCGGGUUGCCCAUUUUUUGGAAAAACAAGGCUUUAAAAAGCAAGCUUUAGCCGUUAGUCAAGAUCCGGAUCAUCGCUUUGAACUUGCACUUUCACUUGGAGAACUGAAACUUGCUUAUGAUAUUGCUGUUGCAUCUGAUUCUGAGGAAAAAUGGAAGCAACUUUCUCACGCAGCGACAUUAAGAAGUGAAUUAAUGUUGGCAGGGGAAUGUCUUGGGAGAGCUCGAGAUUUUGGUGGUUUAUUGCUUUUGGCCACUUCUGCUGGAUCAUACACUCUUUUAUCGAAGCUUGCUGCUGAUGCAUUGGCUUCAUCUCAAAAUAAUGUCGCAUUUCUCGCAUAUUUAACGUUGGGCAAUAUUGAAAAAUGUCUCGACAUUCUUAUUUUAUCUGACCGUUUGCCUGAAGCCGCUUUUUUCGCUUACACUUAUUGUCCAUCGCAGGUUGAUCGUGUAGUUUCCUUAUGGAAAGAGAAAGGAAAUCAGGGCAUUAAUGGACAAAAGAAUAUUGGUGAAGGUUUAGCCAAUCCAUCUCGUUAUUCAAAUCUUUUUUCUGGUUUUAACGAAUUACUGAAAGCAGAACAGUUCUUAAAACAGCUGUCGAAAUUACCAAUACCUGCAAAGACCCGUGCACCAACCAAUGCGGAGCGCAACUUUCUUGAAGAAAUGGCAAAGCAUUUUAUAUAUUUCUAUUUUUACAGAAAUUCCAGAUUCUGUUGUAUUUGUCGUAAAUAUUUAAUUUUAUUUAAAUUUUUUAUAAAUUACCCGAAAUCAAGCGUAAUUCCUGAAAAAUACAAUACAGGCUUCCAAACUCAGCGUUGUUUUCAGAAGGAGGAUUUCAGGGUAAUGCAUUGA